AUGUGCAAAACUAAGGUCGUGCACAAAGUUGAGGAGACCUUGCCGUCAACAGACUUGCUGACUGUUAGUACGACUAACCAAGUUCAUAGCUCUCCGCCUAUUGUGCUUAAAGUAAAGGUAAACGGCAAGAAGAUUCCGAUGGAACUAGACACGGGAGCAGCUGUGACCAUAAUGUCUGAAAGAGACUUUGAUGAAAAUUUUCCAAAUUACCCAUGUUCCAAAGACGACGUGCGUCUAGGAGUGUAUAAUGGCACUGCACUCAAAGUGAAAGGCGUAGCAAAGGUUAAUGUGUCUUAUCAGAACCGAAGCCACGAUCUGCCUCUGAUAGUCGCAAAGCAAGAAAAUGAAGCCCGCAUGCCGACGCUUUUAGGUCGAGAUUGGAUGACUACACUAAAAUUUGACCUGCAAAAUGCUGUUCAGCAGUUGCAAUGUGACGUGGAUAACAUACAGGAGGGCAGGCAGAUGGUAGCAGCGGAAGCUGAAAAGAAGUUGAAACAGUUGUACGGUGAUGUGUUUGAGCCAGGCUAUGGUUCUAUCAAAGGAUUCACUGGUAGUAUACGAAUGAAAACCGAUGUGCAUCCAACUUUUUGUAAGGCGAGACCAGUACCAUAUGCCUUUCGCGAACAAGUGGAGAAUGAAUUGCAUGACCUUGAGAAAGCUGGUGUGGUGUACAGAGUCAGGCACAGUGAUUGGGCUACACCGCUAGUUAUCGUGCCAAAGAAAACGGGAAAAGAAAUUAGGAUAUGUGGGGAUUCCAGAGUCACGGACAAUCGGGAUAUUGAACUUGACCACUAUCCACUGCCUCUGCCAGAAGACAUAUUCGCGUCACUGGUUGGAGGGACCAUGUUCACCUUACUAGAUUUGUCGAAGGCUUACCUGCAGCUUGAGCUGGAUGAGCAGGCACAGCAUCUGCUCACGGUGAAUACGCACAUGGGACUUUUCAGGUUCCGGCAAUUGCCGUACGGAGUGGCAAGCGCACCCGCAAUGUUUCAGGCCGUGAUGGACCAGGUUUUACAAAACAUACCUGGGACAGCCUGUUACCUGGACGAUGUGUUAAUAGCAG